UUAAGAAAAAUUGUUUACUGAGAUGCAAAAAUUCAAAUAUCAAUCGAACGUUGAAAUAUCAUAAAUCUGUUGAAAAUUACAAUUAAUUCAAUAUUGAGAGUUGAUUGACACUCGAAUGAAAGCACAGAACUUUAAUACCGAAUCUAUCCUAAUGAAGGCAUUAGUGAUUGAAUCGUGACAAUGUCAUUAUAACUUAGUCUUCCUAAGACAUUAGCAUCAUCUUCACGACCCAAAACUCAACGAAGCAAAUAUCAAUAAAAUAACAUUGUCUGAUGCUACUCGGGAUAGAUCGCCAGAAAGUAUGGUCGCAAAGAUAUCAUCAAACUCUGCACCUCUGAUUCUCUUUCUUGCCUUUUUGGCGAUUUUUUUUUUAUAUAUUUUUUUGGUCGACUCAAAGGCAUUAUUUAUGUACAAAAUUAUUGUACCGUUGAAUCUGGGAAGAGAACGAAAUAAAAGUUGAUGUUGACAUUGCUAAUUUCUUCAGUAUUUUUUGGUCAAUCGAAUGGAGCACUGCAGAACAGAAAGGAAUAAAGAUUGUAGACCUUCUACACAAUAAAAUAAUUUAUUAAUGGGGUACAAUUUUUCUAGUGAAUUAAGUGAACCAAGUGCAUUAUUAACAAUAUCUCAUAAACUAUUGUGAUAACUCGAAGGAAGCUAAGAACUCAUAUAUAUUAAUUAUAGACAAUACUAACAACAUAAAUAUGAAAAAUCAUUGGAUAAUUUAUUUGUUCAUCAUCUGUCAUGUGUGUGGAUUAAUUUAUGGAAAUUUAGAGCUGACGCAGUCUUAUGCGAGUCAACUUAAUCAUCCAGACAAGCACGGGUAUCAAUCUGUCGUGCCAGGCACAGAGAAGCAUAAAUAUGGAUAUCAGCUGAAAGCAAGUGGGAAACACUUCCAUCAUACAUCGACCGAAAAGGAUGGCGUUAGACUUGGAUGUUAUGGAUAUGAAGUUGAAGGAAAACAAUAUGUGACACAGUAUGUAGCCGAUGCAAGAGGCUAUAGACUUGUUACUUCAGAAGAUCAAAUAACUGUUUAUCCGAAAUUCGGAGCUCCAGAAGGAAAAGCACAAUUCGGUUUCCGUCCUUUUGAUGACGACGAUGACGCACCAAGAAACGUUCGCUACUUUUUCCCUAAAGGCUGUAAAGGUAUUGACGUUCAAAUCGACAACUCAUCGAGACUCCGCUCGCUUAAAAUCUUUGACAAGUCUGCAAAACUUCCAGUAACUUUUAAACCUGUGAAACCUGAUACAUAUUUUUAUAACACUCCACCUCCAAACUAUCCAGGUCCCUCAAAUAUCUAUGCGCCGAAUAUGAUUCACGUUCCAACAGCACGACCCCCUCUAAUGAUUGCACAUCGUCCACAAACACCUCAAAGCACUUACUUAGCCCCUGAGAAACCCACAAACACUUAUUUGCCUCCUGAUAGUAGCUCUGUAGCACCAGAAAAGCCUGAUAUUACUUACUUACCUCCGGAACAGCCUGAUAAUACUUAUUUACCACCUGCUGAACCAGAAAAUUCUUACUUACCUCCAGAGGAACCUGAAAAUACUUACUUACCUCCAGAGGAACCUGAAAAUACUUAUUUGCCACCCGAAAAACCCACAAAUACAUACUUAACCCCAGAUAAGCCUAAUAAUACAUACUUACCCCCACAAAAUCCAACAAAUACUUACUUACCUCCAGUAGAUUCAACCUCAGAAGAAAUCCCUAGUGUAGAUUUAGUAACUGACGAACCUGAUAAUAUUCCUAUAGACCCAGUUCCAGAGGAAACUGAUAAUAUUCCUGUAGAUCCAGUUCCAGAGGAAACUGAUAAUAUUCCUGUAGAUCCAGUUCCAGAGGAAACUGAUAAUAUUCCUGUACAUCCACUUCCUGAGAUACCAGAUAACACUUACUUACCCCCAGAAGAACCUGAUAACACAUACUUACCUCCUAAUGAACCUGAUAACACUUACAUUCCACCUCCUACUUCUAAUAACACUUAUAUCCAGCCAAUUGACGAAACUGACCUUUUACCGCCAUUAUGUUCGACUGAAUCGUGCUGUAAAGACUCAAUAGGAAAAGUUGUGAUUCCAAUAAAGUUAAAGGGUCAAAACUCCAAUAAUUGUUGCAAUUAUGCAAAGCUAAUUUUACCGAUUAAAUUUUUCGAUGACGUAGAUUUUAAGAAGUUUAAGCAAUCUUUACCGCAGGAGCUCGACACUAACAAGAUAAUUCGACAGAUUCUCGAAAAUUUACUGUAAGAUUAUUUUAAAUAAGAAGAAAAAUAAAGUCAUAAAAAAUUUAUCAUUUUUUUCGUGUGUUUAAAUGCUUUACAAAAAGGAGCGACAAGAAACUGUUAAAUG